GCCCGGCCCGGCCGCCCUCCAGCCGGCAGCGUCAAUGCGGCGCCGCCGCCCCGCGGCCUGCCCCGGCCAUGGACACCAGCGACCUCUUCACCAGCUGCAAGAAGGGCGACGUGAGCCGCGUGCGAUACCUUCUUGAGCAGCGAGAUGUGGAAAUUAAUGUCCGCGAUAAAUGGGACAGUACCCCUCUAUAUUAUGCUUGCCUAUGUGGACAUGAAGAGCUCGUACGCUAUCUUCUAGCCAAUGGAGCAAAAUGUGAGGCAAACACUUUUGAUGGGGAACGUUGUUUGUAUGGAGCUUUGAGCGAUACCAUCCGACGCCUGCUGAAGGAAUACAAGCAGAUUACAGCAAAGUGCAUGAAGAGAGACUAUUACGAUGUCUUUCUACAGCGGUUGCUGGAACAGGGUUAUCAAAGUGACAUUGUUUUCAUCGUCCAUGGCAAGUCUUUCUGUGCACAUCGCUGCAUCCUCAGCGCUCGCAGCGCCUACUUUGCGGAAAUGUUCGAGACCAAAUGGAAGGGGAAGAACAUGAUAGUGUUGAAGCACCCGCUGAUCAAUCCAGCAGCCUUUGGUUCCCUUCUGCAGUAUCUAUACACAGGUCGUCUUGAUAUCGACGUAGAAUAUGUAAAUGAUUGCAAGAGGUUAGCCAAACAGUGUCGGCUGCAGGACCUCAUAGAUGAUUUGGAGACCAAGUGUAAAAAAGUCUAUGAAUUUGUCUCUUCCAAGCCAGGGACCUGUGUGAAAGUGCUGACGAUUGAGCCCACAGGUAACUGCCGGCUGCAGGAAGAUCUGGCUCUUCUAGCAGACUGCGCCCUGCCAGCCGAACUGCGGGUUGGUUUUGGGGAGUUGCCAUUUGACAGCACCGACAACUUCAACAGUUGUUCUGAUGUGUGUUUCCGGGUGGCAGACUAUAACUUCCUGUGCCAUAAGGCAUUUUUUUGUGGUCGCAGUGAUUAUUUCAAAGCCCUCCUUGAAGACCAUUUCUGUGAGAGUGAGGAGUUGCAGACACAGCCCAGCAUCCCUGUGGUGACUCUCCACAACAUUACAGAAGACAUUUUCAUCAGAGUCCUCUACUACAUCUAUAGCGAUGACACAGAGCUGUCACCAGAGAACGCCUACGAUGUGCUAUGUGUGGCAGACAUGUACCUGCUGCCUGGACUCAAGCGCCUGUGCGGCAGGACCUUGGCACAGAUCCUCGACGAGGACAACGUUGUCAGCAUCUGGCGGAUCGCAAAGCUGUUCCAGCUGACUCGUCUGGAGGACCAGUGCACAGAGUACAUGGCAAAGAUCAUUGAGAAGCUGGUGGAGUUGGAGGAGUUUGUGACCGCUGUGAAGGAGAAUGCGGAGGCUGUGGAGGAACGGCAGGAGACUGACUCCAUUCCCUUGGUCGACGACAUCCGCUUCCACAUCACCAGCAAUGUGCAGACUUACAGUGCCAUCGAGGAAGCCAACCAGAAACUUGAAGCUCUGGAAAACCUUCUGGCCAGUAUAGGGCUCGAGUGCUGAUGUGUGCAAACCUUGCCUGUCAUAUGCAGCCUGCGUAACCCUCUACAGUGAUUUGACUCAGACUGCAGGAACAUCUGAGUCUCUGAAUGUCCCUUUUCCCCUCCCUUGUCCUCCUUCCCAUCCACUUCCAGGCAUGGUUUCUUUUUAAUUUAUUUAUGUCUGGACACUUGCAUGUCUGGUUUGUGUUUGGUUUUAUUUUGAUUUUGUUUCUCCUUCCAGAAAUAGCUCCUAAAGCACAGCCCAGUUCAGUAGCUGCUGCUUGUACAGUACAGUGCAGACAGGAGACUGUGGGUCAUUGAGGGCAAGGGAGCUGCUGUGGGGAACUUGCUACUGCCUCGCGUAAGGACCCGUCCUGUUCUGUUGUCCAGUCACACACUUCUGAAACUGGGUCGCACCAGGGUAUUUGUUACAUUGCCACUAGCAGAGGAGGAAAACUGGAUUAAACUCUCCAAAUAAGUACCUUAGAAAGGAGCUGUUUUUUCUUUCACUGUCAGCGUUAUAAGAUUGGCAAAGGUGGGCAGUGCUUCCCUGACAGGGACACAGGAUCACUUGACUGUUUGGAAAGAGCUGUUUUCACCUGCUAUUCUAGUUCAUAGGUGAAAAAUGCCAAAAUGAUUUCCAGGUCUUCCCUAGCUUUUUGUUGCCUCGAAGUGUUGGCAUUUAGAUUUGCACGCUCAGGGGAGUGGCAAAACUCAGGUUUUAAAAUAUCUGAGUUCUGGCAGAUGGACGAUUAUUUUCAAUCAGGAGCAUAGCAAAGAUACGAUGUUUUCCUUGUACUGUGUGAGAUGCACAACUUCAGAAAUUAAAAGCUUUGCUUUCUGAACACAAAUCUUUGGGAGUGUGGUGGAGACCAGAGACCUGUUCUAGAAGGCAAUAGCUUUCGAUGCAUUAAAAGGGUGAAGUUCCCGUUUUUGUCCUAGCAGGACAAGGAGCACCUUCUUGGAAUAGGCACUUUUCCUUUCUCUUGGUCUGUUGUUGGAGAGCAAAACUCACUUAUGCUGGUGGGUCGGGGGAGAGGGGCCUUUUGGGCCUGUUGCAGGGCAGCUGUCCCACUCUCUGACCUUCUGGCUUGGCUCAGCCUUGAGCCUUGUAGCUUUAUUGUUCUCCAGGAAAUUCACUGUUUGUGCUAAUGAAUGUUUUUGAAUCUGUGUUCUGCAGUAGGUCGCGUUAUCUCUUCGUCUCCCUGGACUCCUAAUGAGGGUAAUGAUGUUCUUUCUCCUUGGCGCCAAUCAGCAGCCGAUACCCGUGCGCAAAGCCUGCUUCGCUGCCCUCGGAGCUGUUCAUCCCCAGCACAGCGAGUUGCGAAGGUCUGGAGCCUCUAGGGCAUGGAGAGGGCAAAGCACACUCUGCCGUGCUGCGAGUUGGGAGGGAGAAAAGGGGUUGUGUGAAGUACAGGGGGGAUCUUGCAUGAACAGUGGGCUGCCAUUACUGGUGGAUGCUGAUUGUCACUUUGGUCACUUUAUGAGGCAAGAGCUUAAAAUAACUCUGUCAAAGGGGCCUGGCCCCCCUACAGCUGCAGGGGAGUGCUUGCAUGGGUAAGGGACUGGUCUGGACAAAGACUUGUUAGAGAUGUGGAGGUGCGGGCAGGAUGGGCUGCCUUUCCCUGCUAAUCCCAUGUGGCGAAAAACACACUCUCCCCCAGCAUGUGAGAACACACUGCCGUGCUCAGCGCACUGCCCAGACCUGGCACGGCUUUGAAGUUGUGUGCUCUUACGUGGGCAGGCUGGGGCAGGCUGCAGAGAAGCUGCUCGGUGGUGGUUGGGUAAUGCACUCUAGAGAAGCUGGACUCCAGCAACAGUGUGCCAGGAUUGAGCUGCACGGGCAGGGAGCUUUGGGACAGACAUGGCAGGGCAGGAAGGAGGUGCAUUGCCAAACUGGACCCUGGGUGCUUGUGCAAUUUGUCAUCUGUUUUUAACUGGUUUCUCUUGCAGGACAAGUCCCUUUAGGGUAGGGGGUGAUGGCUGCAUGGCUCUUCAGGCAGUGUCUGCCUUGCUUCUGUUUCAAAAUGCUUGUGUAGAAAUAAAAGGAGUCCCUGUGGUUUGCUUUCUGCAGCCAUUUUAGGGUGGGUAAAGGAAUGUGUCCGUGCAGGUUUGUGUCCCUGUAUGAGAGCAGGGAGCAGCAGGGGAGGUUCUUCUGUUUGGGGUGGUGAUGUGGAAAGGAGCUGUAUUUGUUAUGCAAUUUGUGGGAUAUACAAAUCUCUUCACCUCCAUGUGCAUCUCCAAGCUCAGAGCAGCUUUGACACAACAGCCAGAGCGCUCAACACAACUUGAACUGAUAAAAGCAGCUCAGUAAAGCUUUAAUAUGAAGUUCCAUAUAUUUUAGGGAAAGAGGGGUGUUUAGUGUGCUUUGGAAACAACUCAUAGCUUGACCCAGCUAGUACAGUUCACCAAUGUUUUUCCUCCCUUUGUUGCUGAAGAUGACAAUAAACAUAAGCAGGAUGUUUAGUUUAUCGCAUCCCCUCUGCUCUUCCUGUGUAAAUUCCCUAUCUGACAUCUCGGUAGUUGGCUUUCCACAGCAUCAGGGUUGUGACAGCUCUGCACGAGGCUCCGGUGGAGCCACCAGAGAACUGAGCGUGGCCUUUGCCUUCUGCUUGUGCUGAACGAGAUGCAGAAAUGGGAUCACUGAGGAACGUGCUGAUGUUUUUCUCUGCAGACACCUCAGCUCCUGAAGCAAUGUGGACACUGGUAGCAGGCAAAGCAAGGAGGAGGCAGAGCAGGGGCGGUGAUUUGGAGAAGCGUUUUCUCCAUAUGACUGCUCUUAAUUCCAUUCCCGCAUCCUUAAGCAUGGAGCAAGCGGGGCUGCAGUUAUACGAGUGCAGUGAAAGGUCAGUGUGGCCUUUUGAUUUGCACCCCCUGGUAGCACAGUUGCACGCGGGCUGCCAAGCAAACGCCUCAUCCGUCUGCGUGCACUUAGUGGUCGCAUCUGUGAACACCACCAGAUUGCCCAAUUACUCGGGGUCUUUUAACCCCCCUCCUUUUGGCAAAACAGGGCUAUGAAAAAGCAUGCGUAAGCAGAUGGUCAGCAUGCAGGCAGGCUCCUAAUAAGAUGAGCCGGGUCAUAACAUAGAUAUGAAUUUACUUUAUUCACAUUGCAAAUAAUUUUAUCACAAGAUAAAAAAAAAAAACUAAGGAUUUUUUUUCUUGUUGCCAGUGUCCUUUUUGUGUUCUGUUGCCUCUGUCCUUUUUAUUUACUACCAGCCACCUGUUGAAUUAAGGAGAUUGUAAAGUUUAUCAGAGCAACAAUAUAUAUAUAUAAAAAGAAAUGUGCAAGCAUGUGUGCAGCAAUAAAAAGCUAUAUAUUUCACUAUA